CCAAUAAAUUGAUUGAACAAGUUUUACACAUAACGUAGCCAUCUUCAACUCUCCUUCUUCCUUGGAGACUUUCUCUAAUUCCUUGUUUAGCUUUCCCUCUGCCCUUUCAAACAAUUAGCGCGGAAAAAAAUGGCGUUUUCAGAUAGAAAAUGUUUAAUCCCAAGUUAUCUUUACAGUACAACAUCAGCUAAUUAUUCCAAGAAUGUGAGUACUAGUUUGGAGAAUCAUCAUGGUCAUAUAGACAAGAAGAAUUUCUUGAUUGCAGCACCAAAGGAGGGUUCAGGUUAUAAGGUAGAAAUGUACUCACCGGAGUUUUAUGCAGCCUGCACGAUCGGGGGUAUUCUGAGCUGUGGUCCUACACACACGGCUGUUACCCCUCUUGAUCUUGUCAAGUGCAACAUGCAGAUUGAUCCUGCAAAGUACAAGAGCAUUUCCACUGGUUUUGGAAUUUUAUUUAAGGAGCAAGGCAUUAGAGGAUUAUUUAGGGGUUGGGCACCUACUCUGCUUGGUUACAGUGCACAAGGAGCAUGCAAAUAUGGAUUUUAUGAAUAUUUCAAGAAGUACUACGCAGACCUUGCUGGCGCGGAGAAUGCUAUCAAGUACAAGACUUUGAUUUACCUUGCUGGUUCUGCUUCUGCUGAAGUUAUUGCUGAUGUUGCUCUCUGCCCAUUUGAGGCUGUCAAAGUUCGUGUUCAAACUCAGCCUGGUUUUGCUAGAGGCUUGUCUGAUGGACUUCCCAAAUUUGUCAAGGCUGAAGGAGUAGCUGGGCUUUAUAAGGGGAUUGUACCUCUAUGGGGACGACAAAUUCCAUACACCAUGAUGAAGUUUGCAUCAUUUGAAACCAUAGUGGAACACCUCUAUAAACAUGCCAUUCCAACACCUAAAGACCAAUGCAGCAAUACUGCACAGCUUGGUGUGAGCUUUGCUGGUGGAUAUUUGGCUGGUAUUCUUUGUGCUGUUGUGUCACACCCUGCUGAUAACUUAGUUUCUUUCCUCAACAAUGCCAAGGGGGCAACUGUCGGCGAUGCUGUGAAUAAGCUAGGACUAUGGGGUCUUUGUACUCGUGGUCUUCCCCUUCGUAUAUUAAUGAUUGGCACACUCACUGGAGCACAAUGGGGCAUCUAUGAUUCUUUCAAAGUUUUUGUUGGCCUGCCAACCACCGGUGGUGCUCCUCCUCCUGCCCAAAAGUGAAGAAAACAUCAAUGAGUACUUAAUAUCUUCUUCUUGUUCGGUGCAAGGGCUAGAAGAGAACUGGAAAUUCUUUCAAUUCAAAGUUUUGAUGUUUGCUAUUUGGUAGUAUUUAGUUUUGGAGGAUGAAUCAUCCUCGGCAUUAUUGGGUUUCAAGUAUUAGUCUGUUAGACCACGUUUUCUGGAUUUACAAUAAUAUGUCAAAUUUAUAACGAGAACAUGUUGCCUCUCCACUUCAUGGUUCUCAUGUUAUGAGAUCAUUUUCCUUUUUUCGAUUUAAUAUAUAGUUUGUAACAAACACCAGCAAAUACAUGAUGAGAGUAUGCAUAA